AUGUGUCUCCACAAUUCACAUAAACGGUUGUGUGAAAGGGGAAAUUCUUGCUCCAAAAAUGAGACAGUAGCAAGAAUUAACUAUGAAUUAAUGAAUAAGAUUCCAGCAGUCAUUAAGGAGUACAAAUCAGGUUAUUCAGUUCUUGAUGAAAAGCAAGCUGUCCAUUACCUAACAGAGUUCCUUAAUUCUCUUGAGCCACCUGGAACUCCUCCAUUUAAACUUUUUCUGAAAGUAGGAGUCCUAAUAAUGCUUCUGAAAAAUUUAGAUCCUCCUAAAUUAUGCAAUGGGACAAGUAUGAUUAUGAAGACAUUACCACCUAAUGUGAUAGAAGCUACCAUCAUCACUGGAUGUACCUUGGAGGUUUCCAUUCCAAGACUUCCAGUCAAACCAGCAGACAUGCCAUUUGAGUUCUAA